GCGGCGCAGUGGCAGCCGCACGCGCAGGAGGUCGGGCAGUCGGUGGAGGCGCCCGCGAUGGCGCUGGGCUCGGCCUGGCAGCGCGUGUCGUGGCUCUACUACCAGUACCUGCUCGUCACGGCGCUCUACAUGCUGGAGCCCUGGGAGCGCACCGUCUUCAAUUCCAUGCUAGUUUCUAUCCUCGGGAUGGCACUAUAUACUGGCUACGUGUUCAUGCCUCAGCACAUCAUGGCUAUAUUACACUAUUUUGAAAUUGUGCAAUGAUGAAGAAUAUUCAUGAAGCAAUCAUGAUCCGAGAUUCAUGCUACCGAGAAGACCGACUCCUUAUUUCUAAUGAGACUUCAACAAAUGUCAGAAAAAGCAACACAUGAUUAUGACUCUAAAGACUAGGAAACCAGAUGUUUAGAGCAGGGAUGUUAAAUACGUCCUGCAUUACGUUCAUUCCUUUUAAUUUUACAAGAUGCCCUUCUACUGUAGUUUUGUCUAUUAAAUAUUGUGACUGUACUUUGAUAUCAGUAUUUUCUUAACUUUGUGACAGUUUCAAUAUUGCACUGUGAGAGCUUUUCUUAAUGUAACUUUGAGUAAAUUCUGAUUGCCUCCUAUUUUUUAAUCAGAUGUCAUCUUAUUAAAUGGGGCUUAAAGCUUUUUGCUAUCGUAUGGUAUAUAUUUGCCUGGAUAUUUCUAUUAACACAUUUUAUAAGAAAUGCAUUUAGAUUCAUAUUGGAGACAUGGAUAUAUUAAUUUAUCACUACUUACAAAAAUAAUUUGUAAGACUGAACUCAGGUGUACCGUUUAUUGUCCAAACUUUGUUCAACACAGUAUUUGUGUGUGUCACUAAUUUUGGCUUUAGCAAUAAAUUUUAAAAGCUUCUGUUUGAAAAAUACAGGGAAGAGACCAAAUUAAAAUUUCAUCCAUCAUGUUUGGGAUAAAACUGUGGAUGUGUUCAUUCCCAGGUUGGAGCAAAUGAACCUCUGCAAAGCAGGACUUGCAUUCUUUCAUGUACUGCAUUUAGGCUCUUGUAAGGUUUUGUGAUAGCACUUUAAUGCUGCUGUUCUAGCUUUGAAGUAGACUGUAAUUGUACUAAUCUCCCAAGAAUUGUGUCCUUCUGCAGAGGAGGGGAGGUAUUUAUGUGUAGGUUCUAAACUUUUAUAUAGCAGCUAGUGUUCCAAACAUUUGAAUGUGUUCUUGCUAUAAGUUGCCAAAACAUAAGGUUUCAAGUGGACUUGAGUUAAAACUACAGCAAUAAGAAGCUGAAUACUUGACUGAAGUCCUGUCUUUGUGUUUUUUUUUUUUAUAGCUUUUUUUCAGAUUUGUAUUCUGUAAUUUAAGAUGGCAGCAACCUGACUUUCUAAGGUGGAGGCUGUUUUUGUUUUAUUAAAAAUAAAAACUAAAAGCAGA